CCAUCCCCCGCCACCAGAGGGAACAUGAACUUCCGGAGUGCAAAGGAAGAAGUCGCUGAUGAAACAAACCCCUUUUCCUUCAAGGAGUUUGUCAAGAUCAAAAGUCAAUCCACAGCAAAGAGGAAGGAGGGCUCCUCCGGAGUGCCCUUUGAGGAGGCUGCUUCUCCCUCUAAAGGACUGAGCCUGAAUUUGCUGGAGCACUAUCUCCCGGGUGGGACAGCCCGCAGCCCCUCGCUGGAGGAAGAUGACAGUGACUGGAGUGAGAUGUACCAGCCUGCGGUUAUCGAAGCUGCUCACGAGUUCAGCUUCUCUGACUCGCUGUGCGCUGGGUCCUACUCUCCACUCACCCUGACUCCCGUUGAGCUUCCACACCCGGACAGUGUCCAGUUCACGCCAUCCGAGUGGCUCGUGGACGAGGAAGAAGAAGAAGAGAAGGCAUACGUCUUGGACGACACAGCAGCACAAGCCGGGGCCCCUCAUGUCGAAGCUGACCCCCCAAAAGACCAUUUUGAUUUGGUGGGGGAGGUGCUGUAUCGAAGCCAGCUGCUGACCAAUGAGAAGCUACAGGAAGAAAACGCACGGCUCCGAAAACAAAAUGAAGAAGCGAAGCAGUUGGUGAAGAGCCACAUGAAGAGGACCAAGAGGCUGCAGGAGGAGUUGGAGAGAAGGAAAAUCAAUGAGGAAAAAGAGACACGAGCAUUAGAAUCGAUGGUUCAGCAUGUGGAAGAGAAUCUCCAACAGAUGACGAAACGGGCAGUGAAAGCGGAAAGCAUGGUGACUAAGCUGCAGCAGGAGUUGGGUCUCUUACAGGCUGAGCUGCAGCAGUGGAAAUCGGAGAACGAGAAGCUUCGAUCUGAAGACUCCCUCGCUUUAAAUUCUGCGAAAAGCAACGCCCGGCUUGCAUCAGACUAUCUCACAAAGGCAGCGCAGGAGGCAGAGAGCUCAGUAAAACAGCUGCUCUCUGGGACAGAAACUCUCCGUUUGGUGUCCAAUCUUCUAAAGUCCAUCGACAGAAUCUCUGAGCUGCCACACCAGGAUAAAGAUAAUGAUGAGAGCUGACCCACAGGCAGGGGCUGACUGUAGCCUUUGGAACCUUGCCAGUGUGUCUGGAGACGAACAGCGCCCCCCCCUGGCUCUGCUCUGAACUGUCCUCUUUCACUUGAUGGAAUUGGAGACGUUAUGUCUGAGCCUUCAGUGUUUCUGAUAUCCUCGUGUCAUGUGUCUGUGAAGAUGAAAGGGUGACAAACGUACUUUAGAUGCACUGUUAAUAUCAGUGUAACCAGAAUGAAUCCUGCCUGCCUUGUCUCUCUGUAAAAAUCCAAUUAUUUGCAAGUGUUUUGUUGAAAGUGUAAUGGGAAUUCUCGAUGCAGUGUGGAACAGUGUGAGAAUACACAGGGGGAGGUGGGGAAGCAGCACCAUGGCAUAUUGGAGCUACUCCAAGGCUGCUCACUCCACCUCACCCCAAUCAGACCCCCUUCAGCUAACAGUGUCUUCAGAACACAAGUAAUAGGAGACAGAGUUGGUCAUUCAGCCAGUCAGUCCCACUUUCCUCUCUGUAUAGAAUCAGUGCAAAUGAAGCCCCCUCAGCCAAUGCCCCUCCUCUGCGCCUGAUUCCCUGAGACACCAAAGAUCUCUCUAUCUCCACCUUCAAUAUAUUCAAGAACGGAGCAUCAACAACUCUCUGGAGGAGACAAUUCCAAAGAUUCACAACCCCCUUUGCAGUGAAAAUGUUUCUCUUUGCCUUGAAUCUCAGUGAUUCCCUCUAAUGAGACUGCGAUCCCGGAUUACCGAGCCAGGAGAAAGCUACCUGUUUGACUCAAACCCCUUUGGUAUCUUGCAUGUUCUCAUGAGAUCACUUCUCCUUCUCCUCGACCCCAGCAAAGAUCAGCCCAGUGGUUUCAGCCUCAUCUCCAGGGUCAAUGUGGUGCCACCUCUGGUGGAAGUAUACCCUUUGUGAAAUAUGAAGACCACAACCGUGCCUGGUAUUCAGAUGCCCUGUGGUGGCGAUGCUGAGGAAUCCCAUGAUGUGAUCUGUCCUGCUGCUCAGGAGCUGCUCUGACACGAGGCUCCCAGAUCUGACCUUUGAUCUUUGUUUGUAGCUCCAGUCCACAGGUGGUGCAGUGGAACUGGGAGACUCCAACUGGUCCUGCUCACUAUCCAAUUCCCUACCUUGGGAAGGGGAGAAGGCGUGUAUUAGAGCACAGACAUAUGAAGAGCCAAUCAGCCCCUUGGGACAAUUCUAUCACCCAGUCAGACCCAAGGUAACCUGCAUUGUAACUCCAUUUUACCUGCUUCUGUUCCAUAGAACCUGUGUCUACCAAACAUGAAGCAGUCUGAGUUUUGAAAGAUCUGAUUGAUCUGGAAUAUGGGGACAGGGUUCCAGAUUUCCACUCCCCUUUGCAUGAGGAUGUGCUCUCUGAUAUCAUCCUUAAAGGACCAUCUCAGAUGGUCACCUGCUGCCCCUCGUUCAAGAUUAUGCCCCACAGAGGAAAUAGUUUCUCUCCAUUGGUCCUGUCAGAUCUUUUAAUCACCUUAAAAACCUCAAAUAUGACACCUCUUCCUGGUCCCUCUGGGAGGAGAUUACGCAUCAGGCUUCAGUAAUUUUCUGGUGAACUCAGAUGACUAGUAAAUGCUCAAAGUCACAUGCCUUAUGAGAUUGCAACACCAUGAAAAGAAUACAAUGGAUUUUCGAUGAAUUAUUCCUCACUCAGCCAGUUUAAUAUAAGUUAUAUUUUUAAAAUGUAUUGAGAUACUAAGUUAAACUUUUGUCUAACAUACUCAAAUAAUGGAAUUGACUAGGACUAUAAUUGAAUAAAAGAACCAUCUGGAUUUUGGUUAAA